AUGACAGAUGAGUUAAAGAAAGAAGUCAUUUCGAGGAAGACAUCGUUAUUCGAAUUCAAAAAUUUUAAGAAGAAAAAACACAGUUUCAAAGGAAGAUUCUGUUUUUACGAGAUGGGUAAAGAUUGGAAGCUUAUCAAUGUUGUCCUGCUUGGAUUGGGUUUCAUGCUCGUUUUCACGGCGUUUCAAACGACUUCCAUGGUUGGAAAGUAUGUGACCAAUUCCGUCAAGCAGGAGAAGAUGGAAACUCCGGAGUUUAAUGAGACUUUCGUCGCGUUCAAGGAGGAAAAUUACGAUGAAUAUAAAAGCAUGGAAGAUGAGAUUGUUCAAGAGGCUGCGGAGGCAGAAGAAACUGAUCCAAGCACUUACAAUGCCACUCAAAGAGAUGCACUCGUCAUUGAAAAGAUGAAAUCGGACUUGAUUGACCAGCAAUACGGCGAUGGUUUCACUUCCAUGUCGAUCGUUUAUGCCGUCUUUGCGCUUUCAAACUUCACUGCGCCCGCUGUAGUUAAGCUUUUUGGCCAUAAAGCGACAAUGUUCGUCGCUGGAUUGACGUACCUUCUUUACAUCAUCACUUUCCUCAACCCGACUCCUGUAUUUCUCUACACCGCUUCUUUCACCCUUGGUUUCGGUGCUGCGUACAUUUGGACGGCGCAAGGUGACUUCCUUCACCUGCAGUCUCCCGAUGAAAAACUCAUGUCCCGAAACACUGGAAUCUUCUGGUGCAUGUUCCAAACAUCCCUUCUAAUUGGAAACAUUUACAUCAUGAUUGCCUGGAAAGGCGAGAGUUAUGUUAGCUCCGAAAUGAGGACAACUCUUUUCACGAUUUUCGCUAUCUUGGCUUCUGUUGGUUGCAGUAUUUUCUUGCUCUUGAAGGGCAAAUGCUGCGGACCAGAAGAGAGAUACAAUGCAGUCCCUGUUGAAGAGCAGGAACUCCAGGGCGAAAAUGAAAAGAAAACUUCUGAGGAGGAAGAACCCCAAGGAGCUAUAAAUACCAUCACUUCUUCCAUCCAAGCCGCUUUCAAGCUUCUAGUUACCAAGAAAAUGCUUCUUAUUGCGCCACUUUUUAUGUACUCUGGCUUUGAGCUGUCUUAUUUCUCCGGAGUUCACCCGACUACUGUUGGUAAUUCGAAAAACAUGGCUGAUUCGUCUUCUGCUGUGGGAAUGGCUGGUCUGUUUGUUGGCAUCGGUGAAGUGCUGGGAGGUGGUAUCUUCGUAUUCGGCGCGAAAAUGAUGGAGAAUAUUUCGAGAACGAAGAUUUUAAUGGGCUGUUGUCUUCUUCAUAUCGCCGCAUAUGCCCUCUCACUUCUCAACUACUCCUUCAGCGCCAACUUAGAUCCAACGGAUAAUCCACCCUCUUUGGGCAUCUUCAGCGAGACGAGCCGCCAAGUUGCAAUCGCCAUCGCUUUUCUCCUCGGUCUCGGAGACGCUGGCGUCAACAAUGUGAUCUACACUUCAAUCACCAAAGGAUUUCCUGAAGACACUACUUCUGCCUUCGCGCUAAUGAAGUUCAUCCAAAGUGCCACAUGCGCGCUUUGCUUCUUCAUCAGCAACAGCAUCAAUCUUUUCACGACGAUUGCCAUUCUCCUCUCGUUUCUGUUUAUCAGCGUCGCAACCUUUAUCCCCUUCAUGCGUUCAGUUACUGAGCCUCCUAAUGCUUGA